ACACCGUGCACCAGAUAACAACGACGGACAGAAUAACCGACAUCUUUUAUAAUUUACCCUAUAUAACAAUCAUUGUUCCUGCUGAUCUAUGCCUGGAAAGUGCAUUGAUAGAAAUUAUUUUAAAGUUUGUUACGCCCUAUCCCAUAAUUAUUAUUUGAAUAACUCUUUAUAGAUAAAAUGUCGAAUUUAGGAGAGAGAAUAGUAGUUUUGAUAGAUAUGGAUUGUUUUUUCUGCCAAGUCGAGGAAAGAUUACAGCCAGAUCUUAAAGGAAAACCUGUGGCUGUUGUACAGUACAAUCAAUGGCAGUUAGGCGGAAUUAUCGCCGUUAAUUAUGAAGCAAGAGCUUUUGGAGUCAGUAGACAUAUGCGAGGUGAUGAAGCGAAGGAAAAAUGUCCAAACCUUGUGUUGGUCAGUGUACCAGAACUUCGUGGAAAAUCAGAUACAUCAAGGUACAGAAAUGCUGGUCGUGAAGUUAUUGAAGUCAUGAGAAAACAUUGUAACAUUGUUGAACGUGCAAGUGUUGAUGAGGCAUAUUUAGACAUUACGGAAAUAGUUGAUCAAAAAAUGUCAUUAUCACCUGAGUGUAUUAAAAGUAUGAUAAAGAGUCUUUCUAAUACUUUCAUUGUUGACUUUUCAGAAAUAGGGAAUAAUGAUGAAGAACAAAGAAAAGAUGGCUUAGAUAGAUGGAUUUCCUCAAUAUUUGAUGAACUGGAAGAUGAUCAAGCUCAAAGACUCGCUGUUGCUGGUACAAUAGUUGAGAAGUUAAGGGCUGAAAUAUUAGAAAUAACAGGGUUUAAAUGCUCAGCAGGCAUUUCAUAUAAUAAGAUUCUAGCUAAAUUAGCUUGUGGAUUACAUAAACCAAAUCGCCAAACUAUUCUACCAUCUGCAGCUGUCCCAUCACUUUAUUCCACACUACCAGUUAAAAAAGUUCGAAAUCUUGGAGGAAAGUUUGGUGAUGUCGUAGUGGAAUCUCUUGGGUGUAACGUUAUGGCAGAUCUAUUGCGUUACACAUUACAAGAUCUUCAAAAACGUUUUGAUGACAAAACAGGAUUAUGGCUCUAUAAUAUUGCUCGUGGAAUGGAUAAAGAGCCAGUUGUAGCAAGAUUGGUCUGCAAGUCUAUCGGUGCCUGUAAAAAAUUUCCAGGAAAACAAGCAAUCACUACAAUGGAUGUGCUACAACACUGGAUAGGAGAACUUGCGGCGGAUGUUUGCGACCGUCUAGAACAAGAUUUUGAAGAAAACCAGCGUCGUGCAACUCUACUGACUGUGAGUUACCAUUACUACCAAAAUAAAACCACAGUGUCACAAUCUCGUUCAUGUCCUUUGAUCUCAUAUAAACCGGAUAAAAUAACGAGUCAGACCAUCGAAAUUGUAACCAAGUCAACACAACAGCCAAUAGCUUUUUUAGGUAUUUCAGUGGGAAAGUUUAAACAGAGUAAAGGUAGCAAUAAUUUUAUUAAUUAUUUUAAACCGAAUAAUCUAAUAGUUAGUAGAACAACUGAUACGUCAGACUCAUCUGUUGAUAAAAAUGACACGCAAUGCAAUGAUGCUUUGCCAGUAACACAAAAUGACAUAAAUGAUACAACGCAACAUGAUAAGUCGUCCAAGUCUUUUUUUAUGAAUGCUUUUAGUAACGUGAACAAAAUUAGUAAUAAGUCAGUUAAAAAUUCUAAUGAACAUUUUAAUGAUCAUGAGGAAGACACGGUGCAUGUCGUAUCCGACAGCCAUGACAGAUUAGGAACCUCAGAGACAAUAGAAAAUAAAACAGACGACAAGUAUGAUUUAGAAGAUAGCAAACGAAAGUCAAUUGAAAAAUUAUCUAGUACCACGAAUACUGAUAAUAUAAAUCACGAAGAAGAUGAUCAUGGUAGCAUUAUGGGAAGUUCUGACAAUAACUCUUUAUCGAAUCACCAAAGCUCUGUGCACAGUGUAUCUAUAUUAGAAUCAAACGCUCUAUGCAGUAGAAAUCAUGAUAAUUUUAGAGAAAAUAAUGAAACCUUAGUAGAGCUAAGAGAAAUAUUUCCUGACUUGAAUGAUAUUGAUCCACAAAUUGUAUCUUUGUUACCAGAGAAACUGCAAAGGGAAGCAAAUUUAAUAUUAAAAGCUCGAAAAAAGAAUCCUGUAAGUAACGCUAGUACAGGGAAAACGGGGAAAGUGAAACCUAACAAAUCUAAUAAGUCCAAUGGUUCUAAAUCUGUAAAAAAUAAUAAUUCAAUAAGUGCUUUUUUAAAAAAGUGUAAUCCCAGUAUUGACUCUACGAACUCUUUAAAAAAAUGUUUACAAUGCGAUCAAUUAAUAAAGGUUGAAAGACAUGAUGAACAUAUGGAUUUUCACAUAGCACAAGAUUUACAACAAGCAAUGAAUGAAUCCUUGAAAUGUAAUUCAAUAUCUAUAAAGAGAAAGGAAACUAUUGAUGAAGUAGAUGAUCGUGCUAGUAAGAAAAGAGCGUCAGAUCUUGAAAUGUCAAUACAAAGUAAAGAAAAAUGUAACAAAAUAUCCUCAUUCUUUGCUCAGUUGUGACGACAGAUAUUAGAUAGUUUAAUUUAAAAAAUUAAUUUAAUUAAUAAAAUGGACGGGAAAGGAUAAGUGCGAUUCGGUAUAAAUUAACAAAAUAUAUGAUUAUAUCACUUUAAUCUUUAUUUAGUAGUACGAAUAUUUGAAAAAUCCAAAGAUAUUUAAAUAAAUAUAAAUAAGUUAUACUUACAAUAA